GCAUCUACCCCCUGGGCUCCCGGGCCCUGGCCAGCCUCCUCUCCCCGGGUUCGGAUCCCGCCCGCCGCCCGGAGAGACCCCGCAAGAGGAGGAGGAGGAGCAGCGGGCAGGCCGCGCCGGGCCACCACCAUGGCGACCACCAUGGCGACCACCAUGGCGACCACCACGGCCACCCGGCCCGGUCGCAGGGGGAGGCCCGGGGCCCGGGGGGACCCCCAGAGAGACCCCGCCACCCCCGGGCGCCCCCAUCGGGGGACAGCGGGGCCCUGGGCUGGCUGCGCUGCCUCCUGGCCGUCCUGGCGCGCCUGGCCACGCCCCGGAGGGCCUUGGCCCACGCCCCCGCCGCUGUCCCCUCGCCAGGCUGCUGCGGGGCCCAGGCGAAGCCGGUGGCGACCCGGGGCCGGAAGUUGGCGCGGGGGUGGACGCCUGCCUGCGCGAAGCGGGGAGGAGAUCUUCGCCAAGCUGCGGCCGGAGCCGGGGGCCACCUCAGGCGAGAUGGACAGCCCCGCGUUGGCCCUGGCUGCGCUCCUGCGGCUGGCCCCCGACGCCGAGAGCCUCUUCACCUUCUCCUUCUCCUGGCACUUCCGGUGUGCCCGCUGCGGGCACCAGGAGCGCAGCAGGUGUCGCCAGAGCCUGGUCACCUUCCCCACGGUCUCCCCGGACUGGCACCCGCUCAACGCCGCCCACCUGAGGCCCUGUGACCGCUGCGGCAGCCAGGGCCAGCCCCGGAGGAUGGUGCUGGAGAGGCCGUCGCCCCUGCUGGCGCUGCACUUCCCGGAGGGGCUGCCCAGCCCGGACCUGCCCCGCUACGGCUUCCGGCUGCCGAGCGGCCGCUACCGCGUCACCGCCCUGGUGCAGCGCCGGGACCCCGGCCGCCUGGUCAGCUGGACGGCGGCGCCCGACGGCUCCUGGCUGGAGAGCGGCGGCCUGGGCUGCGGCCGUGCCCGGAAGCGCCCCGCGUGCCCGGCGCCGCCCGCCCAGAUGCGGCUCGUGCUCUGGGAGAGGCAGCCGGGGGCCACCACCCCGGGGACCGUCACCCCAGAGACCGUCACCCCGGGGACCGCCACCCCGGGGACCGCCAUCCCAGAGACCGUCACCCCGGGGACCGUCAUCCCAGAGACCGUCACCCCGGGGACCGUCACCCCAGAGACCGUCACCCCGGGGACCGUCACCCCAGAGACCGUCACCCCGGGGACCGUCACCCCGGGGACCGCCAUCCCGGGGGCCGCCACCCCGGGGACCGUCACCCCAGAGACCGUCACCCCAGAGACCGUCACCCCGGGGACCGUCAUCCCAGAGACCGUCACCCCGGAGACCGCCACCCCGGGGACCGUCACCCCAGAGACCGUCACCCCAGAGACCGUCACCCCAGAGACCGUCACCCCGGGGACCGCCACCCCAGAGACCGCCACCCCAGAGACCGUCACCCCAGAGACCGCCACCCCAGAGACCGUCACCCCAGAGACCGUCAUCCCGGGGACCGUCAUCCCGGGGACCGCCACCCCAGAGACCGCCACCCCAGAGACCGUCACCCCAGAGACCGCCACCCCAGAGACCGUCACCCCAGAGACCGUCACCCCAGAGACCGUCACCCCGGGGACCGCCACCCCAGAGACCGUCACCCCGGGGACCGUCACCCCGGGGACCGUCAUCCCGGGGGACGCCAUCUCGGAGACCAUCACCAUCACCCCGGGGGACAGGCCAGCCGCGGGGGACAGGACAGUUGCUGGUGACACCACUCCAGAGACCAUCAUCCCAGGGGACAGGCCAGCCGCGGGGGACACCAUCCUGGGCAUCAUCACCCCGGGGGACAGGUCAGCUGCGAGGGCCACCAUCCCGGGGGCCACCAUCCCGGGGGCCACCAGCCUGGGGGCCACCAGCCCAGGGACCAUCACCAUCACCCCGGGGGACAGGCCAGCCGCGGGGGCCACCAGCCCAGGGGACAGGCCAGCCGCGGGGGCCACCAGCCCAGGGGACAGGCCAGCCGCGGGGGCCACCAGCCCAGGGGACAGGCCAGCCGCGGGGGACAGGCCAGCCGCGGGGGACAGGCCAGCCGCGGGGGACAGGCCAGCCGCGGGGGCCACCAGCCCGGGGGACAGGCCAGCCGCGGGGGCCACCAGCCCAGGGGACAGGACAGUUGCUGGUGACACCACCCCAGGGACGCCCUCCCGGGGACCAUCACCAUCACCCCGGGGGACAGGCCAGCCGCGGGGGCCACCACCCCGGGGACCAUCAUCCCGGGGACCAUCAUCCCGGGGGCCACCACCCCGGGAACCGUCAUUCUUGGGGACAGGCCAGCCGCGGGGGACACCACCCCAGGGGCCACCACCCCAGGGACCGUCAUCAUUGGGGACAGGCCAGCCGCGGGGCCCUUGGUCCCUGUCCCCGCACAUCUGGACGCCGUCCCUGUCCCCGCACAUCUGGACAGCGCCCCCCGGGGCCCUCGGUCCCUGUCCCCGCACAUCUGGACAGCGUCAUCUUGGGGCCUUCGGUCCCUGUCCCCACACAUCUGGACAGCGCUCCCCCGGGGCCCUCGGUCCCUGUCCCCGCACAUCUGGACAGCGUCAUCCCGGGGCCCUCAGUCCCUGUCCCUGCACAUCUGGACAGCGUCAUCCCGGGGCCCUCAGUCCCUGUCCCCGCACAUCUGGACAGCGUCAUCCCGGGGCCCUCGGUCCCUGUCCCUGCACAUCUGGACAGCGUCAUCCCGGGGCCCUCGGUCCCUCCCCCGCACAUCUGGAAGCCGUCCUUGUCCCUGCACAUCUGGACAGCGUCAUCCCGGGGCCCUGGGUCCCUCCCCCCGCACAUCUGGAAGCCGUCCCUGUCCCCGCACAUCUGGACGGCGUCAUCCCGGGGCCCUCAGUCCCUCACCCCGCACAUCUGGACGGCGUCAUCCCGGGGCCCUGGGUCCCUCACCCCGCACAUCUGGACACCGUCCCUGUCCCCGCACAUCUGGACACCGUCCCUGUCCCCGCACAUCUGGACAGCGUCCCCCGGGGCCCUCGGUCCCUGACCCCGCACAUCUGGACACCGUCCCUGUCCCCGCACAUCUGGACAGCGUCCCCCGGGGCCCUCGGUCCCCGACCCCGCACAUCUGGAUGCCAUCAUCCCGCCCCCUCCGCCCCCGGGACGGUCCAGGGGCCCAGCGCCGCGCAGAGCGGCCUCCGCCACCGCCCGCCGGGCCAGCCUGGGCGCCUGCUGGAGGGGCAGCCUGGGCGCCUGGAGGACCAUCCUGCUGCCCUGCCGAAGAGCCAGCCUGGGCUCCUGGAGGACCAGCCUGGGCGCCUGCUGGAGGGGCAGCCUGGGCUCCUGGAGGACCAUCCUGCUGCCCUGCCGAAGAGCCAGCCUGGGCUCCUGGAGGACCAGCCUGGGCGCCUGCUGGAGGGCCAGCCUGGGCGCCUGGAGGACCAUCCUGCUGCCCUGCCGAAGAGCCAGCCUGGGCUCCUGGAGGACCAGCCUGGGCGCCUGCUGGAGGGGCAGCCUGGGCUCCUGGAGGACCAUCCUGCUGCCCUGCCGAAGAGCCAGCCUGGGCUCCUGGAGGACCAGCCUGGGCGCCUGCUGGAGGGCCAGCCUGGGCGCCUGGAGGACCAUCCUGCUGCCCUGCCGAAGAGCCAGCCUGGGCGCCUGCUGGAGGGCCAGCCUAGGCGCCUGGAGGACCAUCCUGCUGCCCUGCCGAAGAGCCAGCCUGGGCGCCUGGAGGACCAGCCUGCUGCCCUGCCAAAGAGCCAGCCUGGGCUCCUGGAGGACCAGCCUGGGCGCCUGGAGGACCAUCCUGAUCUGAUGGAGGGCCAGCCUGGGCGCCUGGAGGACCAUCCUGCUGCCCUGCCGAAGAGCCAGCCUGGGCGCCUGGAGGACCAUCCUGAUCUGAUGGAGGGCCAGCCUGGGCGCCUGGAGGACCAUCCUGAUCUGAUGGAGGGCCAGCCUGGGCGCCUGGAGGGCCAUCCUGAUCUGAUGGAGGGCCAGCCUGGGCGCCUGGAGGGCCAUCCUGAUCUGAUGGAGGGCCAGCCUGGGCGCCUGGAGGACCAUCCUGAUCUGAGGGAGGGCCAGCCUGGGACCCUGGAGGACCAUCCUGAUCUGAUGGAGGGCCAGCCUGAUCUGAUGGAGGACCAGCCUCAUGGCCUGCUGGAGGACCAUCCUGAUCUGGGGGAGGACCAGCCUCAUGGCCUGCUGGAGGACCAGCCUGGGUGCUUGCUGGAGGACCAGCCUGCUGAUCUGCUGGACCAGUUUACUGACGGGUGGGAGGACCAUCCUCCUGGCCCGCUGGACCAGCCUGGGGGCCUGCUGGAGCACCAUCUUGGCGCCCUGUUGGAGCACCAUCCUGCUGGCCCGCUGGAGCACCGUGCCCCCUGCUGGAGGACCAUCUUGGCGACCUGUUGGAGGACAAAGCUGCUGACCUGCUGGAGGACCAUCCCCCCUGCUGGAGGACCAUCCCGCUGCCCUGCUGGAGGACCAUCUUGGCGACCUGUUGGAGGACCAUCCCGCGCUGCUGGAGGAGCACCGUCUCCCCCUGCUGGAGGAGCACCGUCCCCCCUGCUGGAGGAGCACCGUCCCCCCUGCUGGAGGAGCACCGUCCCCCCUGCUGGAGGAGCACCGUCCCCCCUGCUGGAGGAGCACCGUCCCCCCUGCUGAAGCACCGACCCGCACUCUCCCCGCAGGCCUCCCCGGCCGCCUCCUCCCCGGCCGCCGGUUCGAGCCCCGCGUCCCUGCUGCCGGCCCCGGCCCCGGGACAGGCGGGCGGCCCCGAGCGGCCCCCGGUGGUGGCGGCGGCGGCUGGGGAGAGGGGGAGGAGGAGGAGGGGAGGAGGGCGAGGCCCGCGCCGGCCGAGGAGCCCGCCUUCCGGGGCCGCAGCUGGCUGCCGGGGCUGCUGGGCCGCCGCGGCGCCGCCCUCCUGCCGCCCCGCGCGCUCGAACCCGCGCCCGGCGCCAAGGG